AUGCGGCUAGAACGUCUGAGAAUGUGCACAAUCCACAGUCGACCGCUGGAAAUGACCAUGACAGAGAACUCCGGAAAGGGUACAUUCACGAGGUCAAGCAACUUCUAUUCUGCAAGUCAUAAAGUCCACCUAAUCUCAUUCUCCACCUCUUCAAUUAAGCUUAUAUCAUGUUCUGCGAGUGAACGUGUCGUCAUGCAUAUCACCAGACAGUUUGAAAAGUUGCUUCUUCGAAUAAAGCCUGUUUUCUGCAGGGCAAGCUCAUGUAUUUCCGCUACUUCUCUCCUCCCUAUUGCGAAUCCAGGCCGUGCCGAUUAUGAAUCGGCCGCAUGUAAACGACUCUACAGUGCUCAUUCUACUGCAGCCAGCCCGUUGUCGUCACCACCACCACCAGCAACGUCCGCCCCAUCUACAUUACCACCACCACCACCACCACCGCCGCCGCCGCCAACAACAACAACAAGAACAACAACAACAACAAGAACAACAACAACAACACAAUCUGUACCACUGCGUUCUCGGGCAUCUACGCCACCUCUGCCGCAGCCAACCGGCCCGGUCGAGGUGUACUCCCAGCCGCAUGAUGCGCAUCGUUGCCCCGGCGACCUCGAGCCCCAGUCACUGGCCUACGCCUCUGGCCUCGUCCGUCCAGCCUCGGAGACCUGUGCGCAUGGUGACCAGACGGCGCUAGUUGAAGUGGCUCUGCGCGCCAGCUCAGUUGCCCGGCUUGCACCGCUCCUUCACGCCGGUUGCCCGCACACCGCCCCCUUCUCGCAAGCAUCACUCAGCCCCGCCAACUCGUCUUCCCUUUCGCCUGGCAACAGUUCCGCCUCGGCUCGGUCGCAUCCCUUCUACUGUGUCUAUCCGCAACAGCACCACUCGCAUUUCCAUGCUGCACCUCUUUCUCAUCAACCUCAUCCGCCUCAGCAUCAUCAGAAUCAUCACCAGCAUCAGCAGCACCAACACCAUCAGCAUCAUCAGCAUCAUCAGCAUCACCAGCACCCAGACCUUGAGCAUUCUCACUCGCAACCCAUUCAGCAGACCUCUCGGGCCAUGAUGGCGCUCGAGAAUACGCGAUUUCCGCCAUCCGGCACGCCUGAACUCGCACGUCAGCCGAUGCCUCCUCCCUCUCUUCCGCCCAUUCAGCACACAUCAACCAGCACUGACACUCAUUUUCACCAUCACAACCACCAUCGUCAGCCGACCCAGCAGCAGCCGAGAAUUCAUUCUGUUGCCCCGGCCAACAUCGGCUCGUGUUUGGCCUCGUCCCCGCGUCGCGGACAGCCGAACCGGCCCAACCAACCGGCCCAACCUGACAUUUCCCACUUGAGUCAACUUCACUCGCAUCAACAUCAACAUCAACAUCAACAUCAGCACCACAACCAGCAUCAGCAUCAGCAUCAGCAGCCACAACAGCUGAUACGACUGUCCCCGCCCCCCCCGCCGGAAUCA